GACGCGAGAAGCUUUCACGUGACCGCUUGUCCUCUGAUAGCGGGCUAGCUCCCGUUAGCUACGCUACUAGCAUUAGCACGUAGCCGGUGUGUUCGAGGUCCUUUCUCAUCACCACAGUCCGUUCACUAAAAGAGGUCCGGGUCCUCCACGAAGUCACGGAGGAGGAGCCCGGUUCUCCCAAGGUCUCGGUCCCGCUGUGUACUGGGUUAGCAUCAGGAAGCUUGAAGUUUUAGUCGAGGACCUCAUCUUCUUCCUGCUUGUCUGCUGAGCGAAACAUGUCCUCCAUGUGGAGCCUGAGACCGGUGCUGACAUCUCUGUUUCAAGCGUCCCAGCAUGCAUCUGCCUGGGGGGGUCCCGUCCUCUCCAGGACCAUGGCCACCCUGAACCAGAUGCACCGCGUGGGGAAGCCCAAAGCGCCGCACAAGUCCAUUGGUGCCACUUUCGGCUGCCCCCAGCUGAAGGCUGUGGUGCUGAAGACCAUGAUCCGGAAGCCCAAGAAGCCCAACUCCGCCAACAGGAAAUGCGCCCGGGUGCGCCUGUCCAAUGGGAAGGAAGCCGUGGUCUUCAUCCCCGGGGAGGGACACAACCUGCAGGAGCACAAUGUGGUGCUGGUUCAGGGGGGGAGGACGCAGGACCUUCCGGGGGUCAAGCUCACGGUGGUCAGGGGCAAAUACGACUGUGCCCACGUGGUGAAGAAGAAGCAGUAGAGGAGGGGGCAACCAUGUUUUGAUGGACACAAUUCUAAACCCGUGAAGAAGAGGGAGUGUGCAACAAGGCACUGAGGAUCAGAUCCAUCGUGUUGAAAUCAAACGCUUUAUUGAUCCCUGCAGCUGUUUCUGUUCUAAAGUGUUGAGCAUAUGAGCAGGAAUCGUAUUAAAGGGGUCAACGUAAAGCACAAAUGGUCAUUUCCGUAUACAUAUUCAUUUAUUUAUGUAUGUCCAUAUACCACCGGUCUAGAUUACAUACCGCCGAACCUCCAACCACCAGCGGCAGCACUGAGAUUACCCAUAAUGCCUAGCGAUGCGCCAUGUUUGACAUUUGGCGAAUUCGCCCAUUCUAUGAAUCCAACGGCACCUUCCUGGGGUUCCAGCUGUAUUUUGGGUGCGUUACCUGCAACGGAAGCGAUUCGACGUGAAUCCUGACUACUGAUGCAUCCGUCUUUCUCCACAGGUUUGUUAAUGUCUUCAUCAGCUUUAAACCAGGACCAUCCGGUCUGCCACAGGUUGAAUCACAGUAAGCCUGCCUCCCUCCAACAUAGGGACGGGUAUCACUUUUUUUUUUCUUCCCCCCUCUGUGUGCUAAACUAUCUAUUAACCAUCUAUUGAUGUAUUUGCACUUAAUCUUACUAAAUUCUACAAGGCAAAUAAAUUAAGGUAAAACUUU